UUAUACACAUACGAGGUACCAAUAAAAACAUACUAUUUCUCGCAUUGAAUCCUACGGUCAUAACAGUCCCAAGUGUAGCAUGUAGCUAGUUGGAUAGUGGUAAUUCCUAUUCGUCACAUCUUUCACUCACCCCGCUCCACCAAUCAAAUUUUUCAAAACAUCAAACUUAGUGUCGGUGCCGAGAAUAGUAACUCUCGUGCGAUUCGCGAUAAGAUAAGUCAGUGGCCCUCCUUCUACGCAGUGUGACGUUCUACUUAGCUGUGAUAUCAUAGGCCCAAGUCGUCGGGCUAAGCUGAUGUUCAGAAGGUCGCGCAACGAUGCAGCCAACAACAGUCGAGGUGACCGACGUAGAUCGGAUCAAUUUGGGUAAAAUUCCGGUCAGUGUCUUGCGGCAGGCCACUUUCAAACUGCUGGCCGUGCUGCUCAACAAGAAGAAGAUAUUCAAGUCCGAGGACGGGUACUACCGCGACUGGCGGGGGCUGUUUCAGGCGAUCCCGCUGGAGAAUCACUACAUAGCGGAGGUUGAGGCAGAUGCGGAUCCGUGUAAGAAGAUUUUCGAGCUUUGGAAGAUUAAGGCGACGAAGGAGGGCAAAGCUCCCAGUUUGCUGGAGUUGCAGAACAUUCUCGGGAUCAUCGAUCGGUGGGACGUUGUCGACGACAGCAACAAGUUGUUUCGUGAAGAUGCCGAGCAGUAUUUGACUGAGAAGCAAAGAGUUCACCUACCGAUUAGUGCAAAUCAACUGAUAGAAACGGAACAGUUGUCCAACAAUCAACAGGUUGCUGACGACGAUAUUAUCACUAAAGAUGACACCAUCUAUAAAAAGCAGAUUUACGACGCGUUCGUACUGUUCGCUGAUGCCGACAUCGAAUUUGCGUCCAAAAUUGUCCACAAAAUGGAAGAGAGGAAUCUUAAGCUGUGCCUUAAAGAUCGUGACGUCCUUGCGGGAAUAUCCUUCGAGCACAACGUGCUAGUCAAACUCAUCUCGGAACGUUGCAAUCGCUUAAUAGUGGUGUUUUCAAAAGAAUUCCUCAAAAGUCCCCUGAACGAAUUCGUAGUCACGUACGCACAAGCGAUGCAAAUUGAGCAAAAGCUGCGCAAGAUAUUGCCCUGCGUUUACGAACGAAUCGAGUUGCCACCGGCGCUAAAGUACACGACCAUCCUGGACUACAAGCGCUCCGAGCACCUGUUCAACUACUGGGACAAGCUGGAAAGCUCCAUCAAAGUGAGGAAAGAUCCGCCGAAGCCGGUGGAAGUCAAAACCCCAUCCGCCCCAGCGAUGUCCGUCCCAGAAAUCAAAGUCGACCCCAUUGACGAACCGGUUGCCCCAAAACGCAAACCCCAACCACAAACCCAACCCCAGUUACCUACGACGACGGUGGCCCUAACACCGCCCAGUGAACCGACGCUCAAAACCAAGUCCGUCUCGCUGCGGGACAUCAGCGCCACGAUGAAUCGACUGCUGAACAGCAAAUCGGCGGAAACGUCGGCCAGCACGUCGGAACUGUGCGUGAAACCGGAGAAAAAGGAACGCAAGCUGCUGGACCGGCUCAAGAUUGGCCGCCUGAUGCCGAAAAAGUCUGGCGAGAGUAAAUCCAAGAAGAAAAAGCUGGCGGAAGCCAGCUAGUACACUGGUGGUGCCUUGAGUGUUUGACGAACGGAAAAUGUCAAUUGCGCAAUUAAAUCAAAUAUAAUUGAUUAAUAUAUUUGGACAGAUUUACGCAUCUAAGCUUCCAGUUGUUGAUAUGCUGUUUUAAAUUUUA